GCCUGUGAGGCUGUGAUGGGCCGCCGCAGGCCGUGCGCGACACCACGGAUUCCCCAUCGCACGGGCGCCACAUCCACCCGCGCGCCGGGCCAAAGGGAUUUCCUGGAGCCGGGAGGCCACAUCCACUCGCGCGCGCCGGGCCUAAGGGAUUCCCUGGAGCCGGGAGCCUCGGCGUCCGGAGCCACAGGCCGCGCCGCGGCGUGUUCCGGGCGCCGGGAUAAGGUGGCGACGGGGGCGCCUGUGAACCCCGCCGCGCCACAUGGCCGGGGGCCGCCGCACGGAAACUUUAUAGUCCGGGCGCCGGGAUCCACCCUGCUCGUCUCUCAUUUGCCGCGCUCGCGCGCUCCCGCCCCACACACACACACACCCCGACCUUCCACGCUUCUCCAGCCUCACUCUUCCUGGUCAGGUGGGAGCGCAGGAGACAGGGCUGGGAGGAUGGCGUCGGUUUCCAGGGCUGUCUGCGGCCUGCAGAUGCCGUGCUUGAACGGCAGGGAGGCGCCCGCCGGCCGCCAAUCGGUCGCGGCGCCGAGGGCCCGGAACGCCAAACGGGGCGUCAUCCGCUCCGUGUCCGCCUCCGCCUCCGCCUCCGGCUCCGGCUCCGUCUCCGGCCGCGGCCAGCAUUGCGCGCCUGCCAACGCCGUCGCCGACGCCGCGCCGAUUACGGCGACGAAGAGGGUGUUCCCCUUCGGCAAGGGCAAGAGCGAGGGCAACAGGGGCAUGAAGGACCUGCUGGGCGGCAAGGGCGCGAACCUGGCGGAGAUGUCGAGCAUCGGGCUGUCGGUGCCGCCGGGGUUCACGGUGUCGACGGAGGCGUGCCAGCAGUACCAGGAGGCCGGGCGGUCGCUGCCCGCGGGGCUGUGGGCCGAGAUCCUCGACGGCCUGGCGUGGGUGGAGGAGUACAUGGGCGCGCGCCUCGGCGACCCGCAGCGCCCGCUCCUGCUCUCCGUCCGCUCCGGCGCCGCGGUGUCGAUGCCCGGCAUGAUGGACACGGUGCUCAACCUGGGGCUCAACGACGAGGUGGCCGCCGGCCUGGCCGCCAAGAGCGGCGAGCGCUUCGCCUACGACUCGUACCGCCGCUUCCUCGACAUGUUCGGCAACGUCGUCAUGGACAUUCCCCAUGCACUGUUCGAGGAGAAGCUUGAGCACAUGAAGGAAGCCAAGGGGGUGGAGCUUGACAAUGACCUCACUGCCGCUGACCUCAAAGAGCUGGUGGCUCAGUACAAGGAUGUCUACGUCCAAGCUAAGGGGGAGCCAUUUCCCUCAGACCCCAAGAAGCAGCUUGAGUUGGCAGUGUUGGCUGUGUUCAACUCGUGGGACAGCCCCAGGGCCAACAAGUACAGGAGCAUUAACGGGAUCACUGGCCUGCGAGGCACUGCUGUGAACGUGCAGUCCAUGGUGUUCGGCAACAUGGGGGACACUUCUGGCACUGGUGUGCUCUUCACCAGGAAUCCUAGCACUGGAGAGAAGAAGCUGUACGGCGAGUUCCUGGUGAAUGCUCAGGGUGAGGACGUGGUUGCUGGAAUCAGAACCCCAGAGGAUCUUGAUGCCAUGAAGGCCCAGAUGCCGCAGGCUUAUGAAGAGCUAGUUGAGAACUGCAAUAUAUUGGAGAGCCACUACAAAGACAUGAUGGAUAUUGAAUUCACUGUUCAGGAAAAUAGGCUCUGGAUGUUGCAGUGCAGAUCAGGGAAACGCACAGGCAAAGGAGCUGUAAAGAUUGCUGUGGACGUGGUCAAUGAGGGUCUUGUUGAUCGCCGUUCAGCCAUUAAGAUGGUAGAGCCAGGCCACCUGGACCAGCUUCUCCAUCCUCAGUUUGAGAACAUAGCAGCAUACAAGGAUCAAGUAAUCGCUACAGGAUUGCCAGCUUCACCUGGGGCUGCUGUGGGCCAGAUUGUAUUUACUGCUGAGGACGCUGAAGCAUGGCAUGCCCAAGGGAAACCUUGUAUUCUGGUGAGGACAGAGACCAGCCCAGAGGAUGUUGGUGGCAUGCACGCAGCAGUUGGAAUUCUUACAGCAAGGGGUGGCAUGACCUCUCAUGCAGCUGUGGUAGCCCGUGGCUGGGGAAAAUGCUGUGUCUCGGGAUGCUCAAGCGUUCGCGUAAAUGAUGCCGAGAAGUCUGUAGCGAUUGGAGACAAGGUGCUGAAUGAAGGCGAUUGGCUAUCACUGAAUGGAUCAACUGGUGAAGUGAUCCUUGGGAAGCAGCCACUUGCCCCACCAGCCCUCAGUGGUGAUUUGGAAACCUUCAUGUCCUGGGUAGAUGAAGUUAGGCAACUGAAGGUUAUGGCUAAUGCGGACACUCCUGAGGAUGCACUGGCAGCACGAAACAAUGGAGCGCAAGGAAUUGGACUAUGCCGGACGGAGCACAUGUUCUUUGCUUCGGAUGAGAGGAUCAAGGCUGUGAGGCAGAUGAUUAUGGCUCCCACACUUGAACUGAGGCAGAAGGCACUAGAUCGUCUUUUGCCUUAUCAGAGGUCUGACUUUGAAGGAAUUUUCCGUGCUAUGGAUGGGCUUCCAGUGACAAUUCGGCUACUGGACCCCCCACUCCAUGAGUUUCUUCCUGAAGGGAAUGUCGAAGACAUUGUGAGUGAAUUGUGUGCUGAAACUGGAGCCGAUCAGGAGGAAGCCCUUGCAAGAAUAGAAAAACUUUCAGAAGUAAAUCCAAUGCUUGGUUUCCGUGGGUGCAGGCUUGGUAUAUCGUAUCCUGAAUUAACAGAAAUGCAAGCUCGUGCCAUCUUUGAAGCUGCUAUAGCGAUGUCCAACCAAGGUGUUCAAGUUUUUCCAGAGAUAAUGGUUCCUCUUGUUGGAACACCUCAGGAACUGGGGAAUCAAGUGGCCCUUAUCCGUCAAACUGCUAACAAUGUUUUCACUGCUAUGGGUAAAACCAUUGAGUACAAAAUUGGAACUAUGAUUGAAAUUCCCAGGGCAGCUCUAGUGGCUGAUGAGAUAGCAGAGCAGGCUGAAUUCUUCUCUUUUGGGACGAACGACCUUACACAGAUGACAUUUGGCUACAGCAGGGAUGAUGUGGGGAAGUUUCUCCCCAUUUAUCUUUCUCAGGGUAUCCUCCAACAUGAUCCCUUUGAGGUGCUUGAUCAGAGAGGAGUGGGCGAGCUGGUUAAGUUAGCUACAGAGAGGGGACGCAAAACUAGGCCUAACCUGAAGGUUAGUUUUGGGACUUGUGGACAUUGUUUUAUUUCCUUAGAGUUCAUGGUUUCAUUAUUUGGUGCUGUCUGCAAACAGGUGGGCAUCUGUGGAGAACAUGGUGGGGAGCCUCUGUCAGUUGCUUUCUUCGCAAAGGCUGGGCUGGAUUACGUUUCUUGCUCCCCUUUCAGGGUUCCGAUCGCUAGGCUGGCUGCCGCUCAGGUGCUCAUCUGAGAGCACCUCCUCAUCGGCAACCGGAUCGCCAGCUGUUGGUGCAUCUGGUGAAGAAUAAUCAUACAGGGCCAUGGAACGGUGGAAACUCUGCUUCCUGGCAAAGGCUGUUGUAUGUAGUCUUCUCCGUGUGGGUGCGCAUGUAAGCCUUAAUGGGUGGUGUUCUGAAUUUCCCUUGAACUGCCAUGGUAAUGUAGUACCAAAUUGAACAUCGAUGAUGACGAAGAGCUAUCGAAUAUAUUGGCGAUUACCUGUGCUGUCAA